AUGCAGAAGGGGAGCAUCCGGACGCACCAGCGCUCCACCGCACACCAGGAUGCACACGCCGAGAUGAAGUCGAAGGAGAGCCGAAAGCUUUGUCAAACGCUGCUGAGCGAGUUCGAGGGGUUGGAUCGCAACACUCUUCACAUCAUCACUGUUCUCAAGACUACCGUGUACAUCUGCAAGUCGGAGGCGCCAAUCACCUCCUACGUGGGCACCAUCAAGUUCAUGGCCGAGCUCGGAGUCCCGAACCUUCCCUUGGAUUCCAAGGGAAACUACUUUUCGGAGUACGGUUUCGGGGAGCUGCUAGAAGCUGCAGCGAAGUACAUGCGGCAAGAGCAACUGAAGCAGAUCGAGGCGAGCCCGUACAUCUCCAUUCAGCUCGAUGAGAGUACUGACAAGGCGCGCGGCAAGCACAUGAUCGUCUACGUCCACUUCAUGAAGGAGGGAGCGAGCGUCUGCGAGUUCCUCACGCUGCUGACAGUUGACAAGUGUGACGCGGCAAGUCUAGUCGACGUGCUACUCACCCACCUUGACGCCGUGGGCAUGGACUUGUCCAAGAUUGUUGGAAUCAGCACCGACAGCGCCAGAGUAAUGACGGGCACCAACAAUGGUGUUGUGGCACGACUCCGGCAGCGGAAUCCCUAUCUCGUGUCGUGCCACUGCAUCGCACAUCGAUAA